AUGGAGGUGGACACGACCACGACGACGGUGGUGGAGGGGCAGACCGGCCCAGCGCGGCGGCUGUUGAGAGCCACUAGGCGCAUCACUGCAGGAUGGACCUCUGAGGUCUGGCAGCUGACCAAACUGUCCGGACCCGUGGCGAUCUCUCAGGCUAUGAUAUUUAUGAUUGGUUUCGUCAGUAUGAUGUUUUGUGGUCACCGCGGCAAACUGGAACUCACAAGUGCAUCUUUGGCAACUGCGGUGGUGAAUGUCACUGGUAUUUCCAUUGGAAAUGGUUUGGCUAUGACCUGUGAUACGCUCAUAUCGCAGACGUACGGCAGUGGGAACCUGAAGCGUGUGGGGGUGAUCCUGCAGAGGGGGGUGCUCAUCAUGCUCUUGGCCUGUUUCCCCUGUUGGGCCAUUCUCAUCAACACCGAGCCUCUGCUGCUGCUGGUGCGGCAGAAGCCAGAAGUGUCCAGUCUUGCUCAGGUGUAUGUCAAGAUCUUCAUGCCCGCCCUUCCAGGAAUUAUGUGGCCUCAGGCCGUGACUGGAGCCGCCGGCAACGCCAUGAACGCCUUAUUAAACUGCAUUCUAAUAUUUGGUCUUGAAAUGGGCGUGGCUGGCUCCGCUUUAGCCAAUACUCUCACUCAGUACAUAAUGGCUGUGGUUUUAUUUACUUACAUCUACAUAAAGGGGCUCCACAAGGCGACAUGGUCCGGCUGGUCCUGGGACUGUCUUCAGGACUGGAAGUCUUUCCUCGUCAUGGCCAUUCCCAGUUUGCUGAUGUUUUGCCUGGAGUUCUGGGUGUUCGAGCUCGGAUCCUUUUUAGCCGGAAUGAUCAGCGAUGAGGAGCUGGGAGCACAGGGCAUCAUCUAUAACCUCAUCGGCAUCAAUUUUAUAAUCCCCCUCGGACUCUCUGCUGCUGCCAGUGUCCGUGUGGGGAGCUCUCUUGGGGCUGGUGACGUACAGGAGGCAAAGCGGGCUUCCAAAGUCUCGGUCAUUGCUGGAUGCAUAAUGGGCAUCCUUAUUGGAAUACUCAUGAUGCUCCUGAGGGACUACUUGGGAUACAUCUUCACCAAAUAUCUGAACAUCAUCCGAAGGGUUUCAGAAGUUUCUUUACUCUAUAGUUUCCUGUACGGGGCUGACGCUGUAGCGGGUGUGACUGGAGGAGUUCUGAGAGGAGUCGGGGAGCAGAAGCUGGGAGCAGUGUGUAACUUGGUGGGAUACUAUCUUAUUGGUCUCCCAGUUGGUGUCAGCUUAAUGUUUGCUGCAAAGCUCGGCAUUUACGGACUUGGAAUCGGCAUCACGGUCUGUGUGGUUUUGCAGUGUCUCGCUUAUGGCGUCAUCAUCUGGAGAGUGGAUUGGCAAAAGGCGGCACAAAAAGCCCAAGAGAGAUCUGGAGUUCAGGUCAGAGAGGAGCAGACGGUGGCUGAGGGAUCUGUGGAAGAAACGGUGAUAGACCAAGUUGGAGAGGAGGACGGUGAGCCGGAAGGAUCUAAUGCAGAAGAUGCAGAGGUAGAUGAAGCUAGAGAGACAUCGGACGGAUCUGGAGAGGUACGGGCCAAUGGAUCUAAAGUGGAAGACCCGUACGCUGAUGGAUCUAAAGGGGAGGAAGCAUUGGCCAAUCAGUCUAAAGAGGAAGAGGCCAGGAUCUCGAGUGAGCGAACGGCAGAACAAACUCAAGAUUCUAACCAGUUGGAUGAAGCUGAAGUCGAGGUGAUUCCAGGAUCUGACCUUCCCUCAAAACAGCUGCUCAUUCGCCGUGGACUGGCUUUGUUCAUCCUGGUGGUCAUUCUGUGUGUUGCCAUCGUCGCCGAACCUUAUUUUAUGAAACUUUUCAAAUGA